UCAGUUUAAAGGCAGUUUUGUGAUAUGAUAAACGUAUUCUAACCUAACCUUUGUAUAUCGUCACACCACAAUCAAAUGUACUAAAAAAGUUGCUUAUCAUCGUUCACGGUUUUCUGAAAACAAAAUAUUCGUUGGAGAAAAUGGCAAAAAAACGUAUUUUCACUUAUGAAACACUAGUGCAUGCCACUGCGGGGGCUGCAGGCAGCAUUGUAGCAAGUUCUGUUAUGUAUCCCUUAGAUAAUGUUAAAUUUCGAAUGCAGUUAGAAGACAGUUCAUUAGCUGGGAAAACAGCACUCCAAGCGCUAUUUUAUCUUUUAAAGAAAGAAGGACUUGAAGGUCUAUAUCGCGGAAUUAAGCCCCAAUUGACCACAUUAGGCAUCUCCAAUUUUAUCUAUUUUUACACCUUUCACGGUCUCAAAUCUCUGAGACUAAACAACUGCAAAAACCCCACACAAACCGACUUAAUAUUGAGUAUUAUAGCAGGAGUCAUUAACGUGAUCACAACAAACCCUUUGUGGGUGGUGAACAGUAGAUUGAAAUUUAGUAGAGAAUUGUAUUUUAAUGGCCUUCUGGAUGGCAUUGUCCACAUUGCUGACACAGAAGGAGUUAAGGCUCUGUGGUCAAGUUUAGGACCAUCUUUAAUGCUGGUUUCAAACCCUGCAAUCAAUUUUACUGUAUACGAAGCUUUAAAACGCAGAACAUCAUCAAGAACUGCACUUGCAUUUUUCAUAAUGGGUGCGAUUUCUAAAGCAGUUUCAACAAUAGCAACCUAUCCACUUCAAGUGGCUCAGACUCGCCAAAGGUAUAACAGAGAUGCCAAAAUGAACACAGCUGCUUUGCUUCUGGACAUGGUGAAGAAGAGUGGACCUGGUGCCUUAUUCCAAGGACUCGAAGCCAAAUUAUUGCAAACGAUACUUGCGUCAGCUUUAAUGUUUAUGACCUAUGAAAAAAUUGCUCAAUUCGUUUUUGCAUUAUUAAUGAAUAAGAAAACUUUAACACAGUGACUUUAUAAACAUAUGAGUGUUAACUCUGUGAUAUUCUAUAAAAAUCUUUUACAACAGUUAUAGACCAAAAUUAGGUGUCAGGGAUCUAGUCUAAUUUUUACAAAAUUAUUAUGGAAUAAAACUGUUAA